AUUGCUUUUGGACAUCUUCUCAAGGAGACAGUUGAGGACGGACUGGAAGCUUGGCCUACCUCUCAGACAAGACUACCAAGCCAUACGAGACUCAGACUUAGACUAGCGCCGCGAUGAGCAGGCUUAACGGACGGACUGAGAAGACGAAGUUGAAGGAGGACUUCAAUGCCCCAAUGGGUGGCAACGGGCCGCCAGAACAGUUCGAGGAAGGAGAAGGUCAAACAACGAAACGGUCGCAGUACGAGCCGCAACCAAUCGAACGAUGCAAGCAGGUCGUGUGCAGCCAAGGUCGCGCAAUCCUGAUCGCGACCACGAUAGCAGUCGUCAUAAUAGCAAUAGCGUUGAUAGCGGCAUUAGCGCGACCACCGUCACCGCCAUGUCUACCGUCAGUGCAGGACACCACAAACCCUGCGGCCAUUAGCAGUGAAACAACAGCAGCGCCACCACCAGUGACGACAGAAAAACCACACGAAAUACCAUAUGACAAUAUACGACUCCCAAAAAGUGUAAAUCCACUCUCAUACAAACUUCUAAUGCAUCCGAAUAUUACCAAUUUGAAUUUCACGGGGAGGAACGAAAUCACUGCAAAAGUUGUCGAAAAGACGGACUUUAUAGUCAUACAUUCGAAAAAGUUGGAAAUCACGCGUCGGACUAUUGUGACGAUCGAUGGUACGAGUCCAAAGGACGUGCAGAUUUUGAAAAGUGUGCCGUGCUUGGAGCAUGAACAAUAUUAUAUGAAGUUGUCGCGGGCGUUGGAAGUUGGUGAAAUUAUUCAUAUUACGCUGGAGUUUAACGCAAAUUUGUCCGACAGUAUGGCAGGAUUUUAUAAAAGUUCUUACAAGACCAAGGCCGGUGAAAAAAGAUAUUUAGCAACGACCCAUUUUGAACCAACCGAUGCCAGGGCAGCGUUUCCAUGCUUCGACGAACCGGCCAUGAAAGCCAACUUCACGAUGUCGAUCAUCCGCUCGCCGCACUACACCGCCCUGUUCAAUAUGCCAAUCCAAAAGACGGAGAAUUACCAAGAUGGCCUCCUGAUCGACCAUUUUGAUACGACCGUCAAAAUGAGCACGUACCUCAUCGCGUUCGUUGUGUGUGAUUUCAAACACAUCACGAACCACACGAAAAACAACAAUAUCACGGUGUCAGUGUACGCACCCCCGGAGCUGAUCGACCAAGCGCACUUCGCCCUAGCCGCUGCAACAAAGAUUUUGGAUUACUAUGAACAUUUCUUUGGCGUGAAAUAUCCUCUACCAAAACAAGAUCUGAUUGCGAUUCCCGACUUUGCGGCCGGUGCCAUGGAGAACUGGGGCCUGAUCACGUAUCGUAUGACGGCCAUUUUGUUUGACCCGGCGGUGUCAUCGUCACAUGAUGAACAGUGGAUUGCGAUGGUGGUCGCUCAUGAGUUGGCGCAUCAGUGGUUUGGUAACCUUGUGACCAUGAAAUGGUGGAACGACCUUUGGCUGAAUGAAGGAUUUGCAAGUUUCGUCCAGUACAUCGGAACUGAUGUCUUCAAACCAAAAUGGAAAGUGUUUGACGAAUUUGUCACGGACACUUUGCAGCCGGCUUUAAACUUGGACAGUUUGAGUAACUCCCACCCAAUCAGCGUACCGGUGAAGAAUCCUAGCCAAAUCAACGAGAUAUUCGACGCAAUUUCAUACAAAAAGGGUUCGUCGUUAAUUGGCAUGGCUCAAGACUUCCUUACGCCAGAAGUCUUACAAGACGGGCUCAAACACUACCUCGAUAAGUACAAGUACGGGAAUGCGGAAAACAAGGAUCUCUGGGACGCACUUUCAAAGGCCAGUAAGACAAAGGUCAACGUCUCCGAGGUGAUGAAUACAUGGACGAAACAGAUGGGCUAUCCCAUCGUGACCUUGACCCGCGAUGAGCAGGUUUUGAAAGCUUCACAGCAGAGAUUCCUCCUAAAUCCAUCGCUCGCUCCGUCGACUGAAUUCUCAUCAGAUUACGGAUACACGUGGCAUAUUCCGCUGACCUACAUCACCGAUUCCAUGUCAACAAAGGAUCAGAUCUGGAUGCAUCGUGGACCAGGAGCGAUAGGCCUACCCAAAGCCUGGAAGUGGUACAAGGCAAACGUCAACCAGUCAGGAUUCUACCGCGUGAAUUACCCCCAAGAAAACUGGAAUGCUCUGAUCAAACAGUUGAAGGAGGAUCAUAACAAAUUGUCUGCCUCUGAUAGGGCGGGGCUGGUAGAUGAUGCAUUUGCUUUAGCACGAGCUGGGAACAUUACGCAGGUUACGGCACUCGAACUGACCAAGUAUCUGGAGAACGAGGAAGAAUACACACCAUGGCGAGCGGCAAUCGCCGUCCUGGAUUAUAUCAAGAAGGUUCUGGAAGGAUCAGAGGGAUUUGAAUAUUACACUAAAUAUCUUCAGAAUCUUAUGAAGAAGCAGAUUCGUGUACUCGGUUGGGAGGACAAGGGAUCACACCUACAGAAAUACCUCCGCUCUCUUCUGCUUUACUCAGCCGUGAGAACUGGGGAUACGGAUAUCGCACAAAAGGGACGAGAGUUGUUUAGGCAGUGGAUGGAGAAUGGUACAAAGAUCUCACCAAAUUUAAGGUCGACCGUCUACCGAGCGGGGGUCCAGUACGGUGGAGAAAAAGAAUGGAAUUACUGUUAUCAUAUUUUUAACACGACCGUCAUUCCGGUUGAAAAGUCUCAGAUGCGGCAAGCACUGUCUAUGACGAGGGAUGCUACUCUUUUGAAUAGGUUAUUACGGAUGAGUCUCGAGCCAGACAAGAUUAAACCUCAAGAUACGACCGGCGUUAUAAUGUCCAUCGCACAUCACUCAGCAGCCGGGAGGAUUCUCGCGUGGGACUUCAUCAAGCAACAUUGGGAAAAAAUUACUAAAAAGUAUGGAGAAUCGGAUGUUACACGUUUAAUAUUACAAGUAGGGGGUCAUUUUACUACAGAAUACAGAUAUGAAGAGGUGAAAAGUUUCUUAGAGUGUAAGAAGAAGAUCUGUAAGGGAGCGCGCGCAACGAAGCAGGCUUUGGAGUCGAUAAAAACGAGUAUAAAAUGGCGGGAGACGUACGAGGAGAGCGUAACAAAAUGGCUGAAGGAGAACACCCAAUAGGAACGCAGGAUUGAACGUGAUAUCGGGGGCCAAGGGGCACACGCAGCGAUCGGCGUCAAAAGAUCAAAAAAGGGAAAGUCAUGGAACCUGGAAGAUCUAGCUUAAUCUAUGGAAGACUAUUGUUAAGCUUGGUGCCCAUGAAUACAGAUGAAUGCUAUCUGUCCAUGAAAUGAACAUUCCACUUUUCAUAUGAGCAUUAUUUAUGUUAACAGUGACUGUCUUGGCAGAAUAAUCACGUUGUAUUCUCAAUUUUGCGUCUCAGAUAAGGGAACGCCAACUGCAUUUUCCUUAAUGCAGUGAGCAAGGUGAACCUUGUCCUCCCCCAAACACACAUUUUCCAGAAAUUUUUCACUGAUUAUAAGCGACUUUCUAUGAAAAUUAUGAAGGUUUUCGAAACAACAUAUUCUUCAGGUCAGAGAAGAGGAGGGUACAAGGUUAAUCUUGACCACUGUAUAAUACCAUGCUUCAAUUCAAUACUUUCCAUAAUAUUUAUGUUCCCAAGCAUUUUUCCAGGACAAAGCUGAUCGUUAUAAACCAUGGCAGUUGCCGUGGUUACCUUGUUAACUUCUUUGAGUUAGUUUUGCCAAGGAAACAUGCUAUAGUUGUUGAUUUUACUGUAAAUAUGUCAUGAUAUUCUGUAUAUAUCCAGUUUUAAGUCGUUGUCAAUGAUGUUUUUUCAUGUGAGAUGUGAAAAAAGACCAUUAUCUAGAAACAUGAAAAUGAAAGGACCCACAAACAUAUCCAGGCUCACAGUGUAGCAGUGAACCUUUCAAUAUACUAUUUAUAUUUAUUGUCUCGUCUUAUAUCAAAAUUGGCUAUGAAAAACUCAGGUUUAUUUCAUUCAAUCAAAACUAAAGCCAUUCCUGCUAUGGUUACGAGGAUAAUGUCCUUUCCUCGUUUAAAACUUGAUAUGUAUAGCGCUUUGGUGUUUUUGCAUAUCAAAUUGCAGCCAUGUUAUGUUCCCAUAGCAACAUGUAUGGUUGCUAUGGUCAUUUUUAAUUUGAUAUAUAAAUGCCUAGCAACCAUGUGUAUUUCCAUUGACCUAUAUAUGUAGCUGCUAUGAUUGUUUGUUAAUCAAGACAUGUAUGCCUAGCAACCAUUGUGUGUUUCCUUAACAACUACUAAAAACCCUAUAAAGUGCUAUAAAGUGCUAUGGACGUUUGUAUGAUAUAUUAAGGCAUAAUCGUGUACAUUAUUGCCCCAGUGCGGGGUAAGAAGACUAUAUUUAUAACAAAUAAUAUAAAUAAUAUAAAGAUUGUUUUGUGUUCAGACGUGAGGCUAAUUUUGAGAAUUGGCCUUGCAUGUUGGUUGCUGAGCAACCAGCAUAUCAAUAUGAAAAUCCUAAAUUGUUGUCAUAAAAGAUAGUUUGAAAGUUGUUUGGAAACUAAGACUGAAUACAUGUAUUGUAGACAAAGAGUCAAAGUGUACCUUUUGUAAUAUAUAUAUAGUGGAACCUCCCUUAGUGGACACCUCUCUAUAAGGACACUUGUUUUGGUCCCAAAUUGGUUGUUUCCCGUUCAAUUUGACCUCUCUAAUCAGGACACCUCUCUAUUAAGGACAGCACUUGCAGUCCCAAGGGUGUCCUCAAUAGAGAGGUUCUACUGUACAAUCAGUUUACUGAUAAGUGCCAAAAUGGCGGUUAUCAGUCGGGAAUUUAUCAUAGAAAAUCUUUUUGUCGUUAGCUCAGUUCACAGUGUACAUUUGCUAGUGAUUGGUUGAGGGCGUGGACAUGGACAUUUCACUUGCUGUUUAUGACACCAAAAUAAAAGCACAGAUUGGGGUUUUCACUAGUAAGCUUGGUUGCUAAGAUAUAGAAGGAUGCCUUAUUUGCUGUUCUUAGGCAUGCAUUUUAAAGCUUGAUGGGCAAAGUUUUGGUGGAUGUUAGUCAAAGUUGACUUUGGAAGGCCUUGAACUUGAAGUAAAUGGCCUACUUUGAAACAGUUACACCUUAUUCAUAUGUUAUCUAUCUUGAUUUGUUUUCCGAUGUACAAGAAAGUCAUCAUGUCAUGUAGCUGCUCUUGUAUAUUCUGAAACCUUCUUAAAACCGUACAAUCUUGCCUUUAUAAACCAAUGAUAGGCCGUGUUUCUCUUUCUUGAUAGUUGUUAUUGUUGUGAUUUAUUGUAUGUUAUAGCACUUUCCCCUUGCUGUGGCCAACAAUACUUUGAACAAAGGCACAGAGCAUCAUGUUGGGUCGUCCCCGGCCGUGCUGAUAUUCAUGGCUAAGAACUUGAAACCAACAUCCUUCUACGUUUGGUUGAUCUUUAAACAGCCGGACAACAGGAUUCAUCAAUAUGCUUCUUUAUUGGAUCAGUCUUGUUGUACAUAGAUUAUUGUGGACCUCGUCUACUCUGGUCUAUCCUGACCUCUGAUCUCUGUCUGUUAGAACUAGGAAUCAAGCUAGAAUUUAUAUCAUUUUGUGUUUUGUUUUAGGUUACUAAUGACAUGAAUGACCAAAAUAAGGAACUCAAUUCAGAGAAUUGAGUGGGCGAAUACGCCAAACAUUCUGUAGUCAUGGGGUUGUUUCUAAGAGAGACUAGCUUUAAGUCCUAGCAAUCAUCAACAUUCUGUUAGUCAUAUGUAUCGAACCACAACAUACACCUACAACUUCUAGGAACUUGACCAGUGACGCACGGGUAAAGCGAAGUCCAGCCAGAAGUUUGGCAAGACUUUGGUCACCCAUGUUGUGGUAACAACGUGGUUAUAUCGACAAUCCCCAUACGUAAUACCAACAUGGAAUGCCUAAUCCAGUUCCUUGUUGUAGAAAUACAAGCCUAGCAGUGGUUCUAACAUAGGGCUAACAACACAAUUAAUAAUGACAAUUUAACUAAAUUAAAUACAACCAAAUAUACCCUUGGUAUCAAACUUGUCACCUACCUCUACAAUCAAUACUUAAUUUUGUCCGCUCUUUAGAUCUUAAAAUGCUGUGUCAAAGUAAUAAGCCAAUUGAGGGGCGGCUGUACAUAAGGCCUACUUCACAUGAAGUAGACCUGUGUGCAGCAAACUGGCUUAAUAACACUGACACAGUAUCUUCUAUAUCUUGGAUUGUUAGAUCUUGGAUGUGACUUACGGAUCUCUUUAAAUGAAUAAGAUUGGCAUGGUCAUACUGUCCUCCUAUUCUUGAGAUGGUGGCUGUUGACUUGUUUCAAAGAGGUUCAAAAAUUAAAAUUUAGGCGAGCGUUUACUUUUUGACCAGGUUACACUGUAAAUAUGGAUACACAUUAGGAAUUGGGCUUGUAUGUGGUUAGAAAAACAAUAAAUUAUUUAGAAGAUA